AUGUACCCUUUGUCCAACAACAUAAAGAAAAUAGCUAAUAGAGAUGAGACGCAGAACCGUCACAUCAUCGUUAUGAUGGAUGCAGUAGAAGUUGACGCAAGUCACUGUGAUGAAUCCUAUGAUCAUGAAGAAGCAACACCAGACAGCGACGACACCCAACAUGUCCUGAUGGGAAAUCGAUCGAAGGUAGACAAUGCUGCCAAUGCAACGAAACAAAUGCCAGAAAAAGUUAAAUCAAAAAAACAGAAGAAAAUGAGUUUUGCACAAGCUCAAGAUGUCUACCUUCGACUGAAACAGGAGAAAGAAGAAGAAAAACAAAGGGAGAGAGCUGAACGAGAAAAACGGAAUGAAACAAUUGCAGCGACUAAUAAAUCAAGAAAGAAGAUGAAUCAAGCGUUAGCUAAGAGAAAUAAAAAAGGUCAACCUAAUCUUAAUGCCCAAAUGGAUGUUCUCCUUGAAAAAAUCCAGAAACGAGUUGACAAGGAGAAAAAAGGAACGAAGUAG